AGGGAGAGGAGCGGGUGGGAGGAAGGAAGGGAGGGCGCGCGGGGUGAGGGGCGGCGGCAGACCUCGCGGGACCCCAGCGGGACGCGCGGGCGGCGGCGGGAUGCGCGCUCUGGGCGGUGGGGCGCGGCGCUAGGCGCCCGGCGGGGCGUCCCCAGGCUGCGACCCCGCGGGACCCUCCCCUCCUCCCGCCGCCUCCGCAGUCCGCGCGCCGGAGCAUGAGUCCGGGCAGGAGCCCCACGGCCGCGGGCGGCGCGUAGGACGGCGAUACGCGCCCUGGAGGAGCCGCCUGCCGCCCGGCUCCACCGCAGCUCCAGCCGCGGGCAGCGGGGCGCUCCCGAGGCCCCGGAGGAAGGAACCAUGAAAGUGAGGUCGGCCGGCAGUGAUGGAGAUGCCCUGUGCGUUACAGAAGAGGACCUGGCGGGUGAUGACGAGGACAUGCCGACCUUCCCAUGCGCCCAGGAGGGCCAGCCGGGGCUCCGCUGCAGCCGCUGCCAGAAGAACCUGUCUUUGCACACAUCGGUGCGGAUUCUUUACCUCUUCCUGGCACUGCUCCUGGUGGCCGUGGCUGUGCUGGCCUCUCUGGUUUUCAGAAGAGUGGACUCUCUCUCCGAAGACAUCUCCUUGACCCAGUCUAUUUAUGACAAGAAGCUUGUGCUAAUGCAGAAAAAUCUCCAGGGCCUGGAUCCAAAAGCCCUGAACAACUGCUCUUUCUGCCAUGAAGCUGGGCAGCUGGGGCCCGCGAUCCAAAAACUGCAGGAGGAGCUGGAGGGAAUUCAGAAGCUGCUUCUGGCCCAGGAGGUGCAGCUAGACCAGACCUUGCAGGCCCAGGAGGUGCUCUCCACCACCAGCAGGCAGAUAUCGCAGGAGAUGGGCAGUUGCUCCUUCUCCAUCCACCAGGUUAACCAGUCUCUGGGGCUCUUCCUGGCCCAGGUGAGAGGCUGGCAGGCCACCACAGCUGGCCUGGACCUCUCUCUGAAGGACCUCACCCAGGAAUGCUACGAUGUCAAGGCUGCAGUGCACCAGAUCAAUUUCACCGUGGGGCAGACUUCCGAAUGGAUCCACGGGAUCCAGCGGAAGACAGACGAGGAGACCCUGACCCUCCAGAAGAUUGUCACCGACUGGCAGAACUACACCCGGCUCUUCAGUGGCCUGCGUACCACCUCCACCAAGACUGGAGAGGCAGUCAAGAACAUCCAGGCCACCCUGGGGGCCUCCUCACAGCGCAUCAGCCAGAACUCUGAGAGCAUGCAUGGCCUGGUACUGCAGGUCAUGGGCUUGCAGCUGCAGCUGGACAACAUCUCUUCCCUCCUGGACGACCAUGAGGAGAACAUGCAUGAUCUCCAGUACCACACCCGCUACGCCCAGAACCGCACUGUGGAGAGGUUUGAGUCUCUGGAAGGACGCAUGGCUUCUCACGAGAUUGAAAUUGGUACCAUCUUCACCAACAUCAAUGCCACCGACAACCACGUGCACAGCAUGCUCAAGUACCUGGAUGACGUGCGGCUCUCCUGCACGCUGGGCUUCCACACCCAUGCUGAGGAGCUCUACUACCUGAACAAGUCCGUCUCCCUCAUGCUGGGCACCACAGACCUGCUCCGAGAGCGCUUCAGCCUACUCAGCGCCCGGCUGGACCUCAACGUCCGGAACCUCUCCAUGAUCAUGGAGGAGAUGAAGGCAGUGGACACACAGCAUGGAGAAAUCCUUCGCAAUGUCACCAUCCUACGAGGUGCCCCUGGCCCUCCAGGACCAAGAGGACUCAAAGGAGACAUGGGCGUGAAAGGGCCUGUUGGUGGCAGAGGCCCGAAGGGAGACCCCGGCGGCUUGGGACCCCCGGGACCCCAGGGUCCUCAGGGGCAAACUGGAGAGACCGGACCUGUGGGAGAAAGGGGCCCCAUUGGCCCUCGAGGGUUCCCAGGCCUCAAAGGCUCAAAGGGUAGCUUUGGAACUGGAGGACCGAGAGGACAGCCAGGCCUGAAAGGGGACUUGGGGCCCCCAGGACCAGAAGGGCCCCCGGGGUCUCCAGGGCCCUCAGGGCCUCAGGGAAAACCGGGGAUUGCAGGGAAGACAGGGUCACCAGGCCAGCGGGGAGCCAUGGGGCCUAAGGGUGAACCGGGGAUCCAGGGUCCCCCAGGCCUCCCUGGGCCUCCAGGCCCACCAGGAAGCCAGAGCUUCUACUGAGGAGGGCUCUGGAGCAGACACUGCCUCAAAGAAUGCUGGAGGGGCACAGAGCAGAUCCAGGCCGCAGAAAGCCACACCUACAGACAGCUGUGGUCCUCUGAUUCCAGUGAGGGGGUUCCCCAGGGCUGGCCCUGCAGCUUUGGGCUCCCCCAUAGUGACUGUAUCAUAGGAAAGCAGUCCCUACUCACACACACAUGCACACAUGCACAUACACACUUGUGCACACAUGCACACAUACACGUGCAGGCACACAGGUGCACACAUGCAGAUACACAUGUGCACACAGACACACACGAAGGCACACACACUCACACAUGCACACAUACACAUGCGGGCAAACAUGCAUGCAUGCACAUACAUGCAGGCACACAUACACAGGCACACACACCUGCACACCUACACACACAAACACACAUGCACACAUACGUGCAAGCUUACACAUGCUGGUACACACAUGCAUAUACACGCAUGCGCACACAUACACACACAUGCACACAUAUAUGCAUACAAAUAUAUAGAGACAUGCGCACACACAGAUUGUUCUGCUGGCCAGGGGGGCCAACUGGGUUUCCCUGGCUGGGCAGGAGGAGAGGGAAGAGGAAGAGCCCCCUUUCCUGUGACUGAGCCUGCCAGGGAGGCGGCUACCUCGGGAGGAAGGUCUCACAUCUGUCUCUGGGCACCCAUGCUGGCCAGCAAUUUCCCAGGGCUCCCUGUGGCUGAAAAGCCCUGAGGAAACCUUUGCGGGUGGGACAUUACAGCCAGAACUCCAGAGGCAAAGUGGAUCUGGCAACCACAAGACCCUCCCUAUCAUCAGGGGAACAGGGUAUCCAGGAGCUGUCCCAGCCUGUCACAGCACAGUGGAGCCAUGAGACCCACCUUCUCUGGCCUUGCACACAGCGGCCCUGGAGACAUUCAACAGUCAUUUCUUCACAUGUCCAGAAAAUCCUUGCUUCAUCCUUGCCUCUGCCCCUGAGGAGCAGCGCAGAAGGAAUCCAAGCAGAAGUUUCAUCUGCACGGGGCACUCUGCAGGCCCUGGAGCACUGGGCCUGAGUGGGGUUGGCAGACAGGCAGGCCAGAAGAUUCUCUCUGCACAGCUGCCUUCCUUGCUCUCCCUGACGCUGGCCUGUCCCAUUCCCCAUUCCCUCUGGGGUGAUGGGGAGGAACAGGCUGCAGGAGGGCCAACCCUUGUAACCGGGCAGCUCUUGCCUCCUGCACCAGGCUCUCCUGAUCACAGCUGCAUGCUGACCAGGACCCACCAUGGCCUGAGCCCUCUCUGCAUGGGAAGCCAGCUGGAGUAGAAGCGGGAAGGGCCUGGGCACGCACAGAGGCCAUUCUGUCGUCACUCCUUGGCCCCCACCAACUUCCUGUACACACUGGCAGAGAGGGGCGCUGGGAAGUCACCCUGCAGGGUGGCGGUCUCCUGUUGGCUACACUCGCUCUCAAGCUGCUUUGCCUUUAUGUUCAAACAGAUUCAGACCCCCCGGGUUGAGGGCACAGAGUUGUCUCAUCCCCAGCACGGACCCAGAGACCAGACCCUCCCCCACAAAGCCUUUCCGCACCUUCCCGAGUGUCCCGGCUGUGCAACUGGUUUGCACUGCACACCCCACGGCCAUGUAACGCUCCUGUGCACGUAUGAUGAUACCAUGCUGCCUAGUAUUACCGCAUCAGUAAAGAGCUGUUUCCAGGA